AACACAUCUGACUGAAGAACUGUUCUUCCAGUUUUCCCAAAGCACAGAAUGCUUCCCUCUUGAUUUUCACCCUGCACUCUGCUCAGGGCGCGUGCUGCGGGUUGACAGCUGCAGUGGCUGGUGGUUUAAUCCACGUAGAGCCGGAUGGCAAGUGUUAAACGUCAGUUCACAGAAUACAUUCAUUCAUUCACCUGUGCAACAGAUGUUAAGUCUGGCUCCUGCCAGGCACUGCUGAGGACCCCAGGACACAGUGCGCACACAGUGGGCGCAGCCCAGCCUUCCAGAGGGGCGUUAAACCACUGAACAAAGAGCCGUCCCAGAGUCACUGCUGUGGCCCAACGGGGAUCUGCUCCUCCGCCCAGCACAGUGGGUUAAGGAUUCAGCUGUUGCUGCAGCUGUGGCAAUCGCAGCUCGAAUAGCUCCCUGGCUAGGGAAGUGCAUAUGCCAUGGAGCAGCCCAAAAAGAAAACAGGGAAAAAAAAGAGCCACCCCAUCUUUCGCCAACGGUCUCAUGUCAGAGCUGAAGCUCGCUGUGCCCUGGGGCCACAUUGCCGCCAAAAUCUGGGGCCCCCAGCAGGGUUCCCCAGUUCUCUGCCUUCACGGCUGGCUGGACAAUGCUAACUCCUUCGACAGGCUCAUCCCUCUUCUCCCGAAAGACUUUCACUACGUGGCCAUGGAUUUUGGGGGUCACGGGCUCUCAUCCCACUAUAGCCCAGGUUUCCCGUAUUACCACCAAAACUUUGUGACUGAGGUCCGAAGGGUCGUGGCAGCCCUGAAAUGGAACCGUUUUUCCCUCCUGGGCCACAGUUUUGGUGGCACUGUGGGUGGAAUGUUUUCCUGUAUCUUCCCCGAGAUGGUGGAUAAACUUAUCUUGCUGGACUCCUCACCAUUUGUCCUGGACACUAAUGAAGUAGAGAACAUGCUGAGCUACAAGCGGAGAGCCAUAGAGCACACGCUGCAGGUGGAGGCCUCCAACAAGCCGUCGAGAGUGGUCAGCCCGCAGGAGAUGCUGCAGGGGCUGCUGAAGAACAACAGUCACGUGGGAGAGGAGUGUGGGGCGCUCCUCCUGCAGAGAGGAACCACGCCGGUGGCCGCAGGCCUGGUGAUGAACAGAGACCGGAGGAUCUCUUGGCCAGAGCAGAGCUUCGAGUUCAUCAGCAGGGAGCUGUUUGUACAUGCCAUCAAGCAGCUGCAGGCCCGCGUCCUGCUCAUCAAAGCAAUGCAAGGAUUUUACAACGUGAGGAGGGAGCAUGACGCUGACAAGGAGCCCAUGCAGUUCGUGACCAGCAUGCUGAGAUCUCUCCUCCGAGAGGUGGGUGCGCGGGGGUUGGGGCGGCUGGGCCGUCCAGAGCCCUCCCCCCCCCUUCUCUUUUCUUGCACUGGGACCCCUGGCCUGGCCCCGGGUCUAACAGGUGGCUUCGCUCCCUGCUGUGGUCCCUGGAGUCGCAUGUACAUCCGCACCGAGAGCAGAUGUUCCAUUGGCAGGAUCUCCCGCUUCUAUUGUCCUCACAUAUCCCCGGGGCCAAGGCCAAGUCAGCAGUUCCAGUUUCCUAGGGUCCCAAGUGGGAACAGGUGACCAGUCCCAGCCGUGGCUGCUGGCCACCAAGGUGGAGGGCUGGGAUGUGCUGUGGCUUUGACCCGCGCCUGCUUCCUGGGAGUGCCUGGAUCUUCAUGACCCUUGCUGACCCCAAACGCCUGCCCCUGGGGCCUGCUCAGACCACCUGGUGUCUUCACAGAAGGGCAGCCUGCGUGUAGCCAGCCAGCCAGUAGCAGCACCUCCUGUCUUGUCACAUUGGUCUCUCUCCUGGGCAAGGGCAGGUCUGAGAGGCUGCCCAUUCUCUUUCCAAGUGGACCUUAGAUGAUGGUCAGACCAGCAGCAGCCCUGGCUGCUGGCCCCUCCCCUGCCUCACUCAGAAUGCCCCAGAACCACAGGGUUUUUUGGGCUCUCCCCUUCCAGAGCCUGGGGGGGAAGGGGUGCCGUGAUGACCAGGGCUGGCAGAGCUGUGGGUCUGUCGCUGCCAGGGCUCCCCUGGGCCCGAGGAGCCUGCCUCCAGGUUACCUCACGGCGCAUCCCUCUCUCCCCCAGCGGUUCCAGUACGUGGAAGUCCCAGGUAAUCACUACGUCCAUCUGAACCAGCCCCAGCACGUGGCCGGCGUCAUCGGCUCCUUUUUACAGAGCAAGGCGAUCCCCGCCCAGCUGUAGCCACGGCCUGCGGCUAAAGACCUGCCGCUUGGCACCGGACUCCCAGCUGGCGAGCCCAGGCCAGGCGUGGUCAGCGGAGGAUCCUGUGGCAGUUGAGGGGGCGGGGGGGGGAUAAAGGGAACAGGACAAGAUUCUGACCUUAACGUCUGACCUCAAGACAGUGUCUGGAUCCAGGGCAUUAUCUGUUCUGUGAGUGGGUAGCGGGGGGGGGGGGGGGGGGGGGGGGCGGGGGUGCAGACCCACCAACUUUUGUAGCCUUUUCUUGGUGCCCAACUGGAUGAAAAAUACAAUGUUCCCUUAUCCUCGCUGC